CCCCGCCCCCUUCCCGAUUACGGCGUGGGGCUGCGAACCGUCUGUCCCAGUGCCUCCCAACAUCAACUCUGGUAGCCCGUCAUCAUGGGACAGGAGCCGCGCACGCUGCCGCCCUCCCCUAACUGGUACUGCUCCCGAUGCAGCGAUGCCGUACCUGGGGGUCUUUUCGGGUUCGCGGCGCGGACCUCCGUCUUCCUUGUCCGCGUGGGCCCGGGCGCGGGUGCUAUCCCUGGGACGCCCCCAUUUCGAGUCAUAGGGGAGUUGGUGGGACACACCGAAAGGGUCUCUGGCUUCACAUUUUCUCAUCACCCGGGUCAAUACAACCUGUGUGCCACCAGCUCCGACGAUGGGACUGUGAAAAUCUGGGAUGUAGAGACAAAAACAGUUGUGACAGAACAUGCACUCCAUCAGCACACAAUAUCAGCAUUGCAUUGGUCUCCUCGAAUAAAGGACUUAAUAGUUUCUGGAGAUGAAAAAGGAGUAGUUUUCUGCUACUGGCUUAACAGAAAUGACAGCCAGUACCUCUUUAUAGAACCCAGGACAAUUUUCUGUCUUACUUGCUCACCUCAUCAUGAAGAUUUAGUAGCCAUUGGCUACAAAGAUGGCAUCGUGGUUAUAACUGAUAUCAGUAAGAAAGGAGAAGUGAUUCACAGACUUCGAGGCCACGAUGAUGAGAUCCACUCCAUAGCCUGGUGCCCUCUGCCUGGUGAAGAUUGUUUAUCCAUAAAUCAAGAGGAAAAUUCAGAAGAACCUGAAAUUCCCAAUGGAAAAGUUAUAGCACAAACUCAAGUAACAAAAGGCUGCUACUUAGCCACUGGAAGCAAAGAUCAGACCAUUCGAAUCUGGAGCUGCUCUAGAGGCCGAGGGGUGAUGAUUUUGAAAUUGCCUUUUCUGAAGCGAAGAGGAGGAGGUAUUGACCCAACUGUUAAAGAGCGCCUUUGGUUGACACUCCAUUGGCCCAAGGAUCAGCCAACACAGCUGGUAUCUAGCUGUUUUGGGGGUGAAUUGCUACUGUGGGAUCUUACUCAGUCUUGGAGACGGAAAUAUACCCUCUUCAGCGCUUCAUCAGAAGGGCAAAAUCAUUCAAGAAUUGUGUUUAAUUUAUGUCCAUUACAAACUGAGGAUGACAAACAGCUGCUGCUUUCCACUUCAAUGGACAGAGAUGUAAAAUGUUGGGACAUGACCACCCUGGAGUGCUGCUGGACACUGCCUUCCCUCGGUGGAUUUGCUUACAGUCUGGCUUUCUCUCCUGUGGACACAGGCUGUUUGGCCAUAGGCGUUGGGGAUGGCAUGAUCCGCAUGUGGAAUACACUCUCCAUAAAGAACAACUAUGAUGUGAAAAAUUUUUGGCAGGGUGUCAAGUCCAAGGUUACAGCGCUGUGUUGGCACCCAAGCAAGGAAGGCUGCUUAGCUUUUGGAACCGAUGACGGAAAAGUGGGACUGUAUGACACCUACUCCAACAAACCUCCACAGAUUUCUAGCACAUAUCAUAAGAAGACUGUGUACAGUUUAGCCUGGGGGCCACCAAUACCCCCCAUGUCACUUGGAGAAGGAGACAGACCUUCCCUCACUUUAUACAGCUGUGGAGGGGAAGGGACUGUCUUACAGCAUAACCCCUGGAAGCUUAGUGGCGAGGCCUUUGACGUCAACAAACUCAUCAGAGACACCAACUCGAUCAAAUAUAAAUUGCCUGUACACACAGAGAUCAGCUGGAAAGCAGAUGGUAAAAUCAUGGCUCUUGGCAAUGAAGAUGGAUCUAUAGAAAUAUUUCAGGUUCCCAACUUGAAACUGAUCUGUACCAUCCAGCAGCAUCACAAGCUUGUGAAUACCAUUAGCUGGCAUCAUGAGCAUGGAAGCCAGCCAGAGCUGAGCUAUCUGAUAGCCUCGGGGUCCAAUAAUGCAGUCAUUUAUGUGCACAACCUGAAGACUGUCAUAGAGAGCAACCCUGAAUCUCCAGUGACCAUUACAGAGCCCUACCGGACCCUUUCAGGACACACAGCCAAGAUUACCAGUCUGGCAUGGAGCCCACAUCAUGAUGGAAGGCUGGUAUCUGCUUCCUAUGAUGGUACAGCUCAGGUGUGGGAUACUCUCCGGGAAGAGCCUCUAUGCAAUUUCCGAGGACAUCGAGGUCGAUUGCUCUGUGUGGUGUGGUCCCCCUUGGAUCCAGACUGCAUCUACUCAGGGGCUGAUGACUUCUGUGUGUACAAAUGGCUCACUUCCAUGCAAGAACAUUCCCGGCCUCCUCAAGGCAAGAAAAGUAUUGAAUUAGAGAAAAAAAGGCUGUCUCAGCCUAAGCCAAAGCCCAAAAAGAAGAAAAAGCCCACCUUGAGAAUGCCCGUAAAGCAGGAACUGUACGAUGGGAAUGAAGAGGAGAGUGUAAGGGAGAGCACGGGACCUGUUGAGAACGGUGGCGUGUCCGACCAGGAGGGAGAAGAGGAAGCCCGGGAGCCAGACUUACCCUGUGGUGUCACCUCAGCAGUUUCUAGAGAACCAGUUAUCUGCCCUCCAGUUUCCUUAGGCUUUGAAAAGCCAAAAGUCACCAUUAAUAAUAAAGUCACUUUACUGAAAAAGGAGCCACCUAAAGAGAAGCCAGAAGCCUUAGUCAAGAAGCGAAAAGCCCGUUCCAUGCUUCCGCUGAGUACGAGCCUGGACCACAGGUCCAAAGAGGAGCUUCAUCAGGACUGUUUGGUACUAGCAACUGCAAAACACUCCAGAGCAGAGCUAAAUGAGGAUGUGUCUGCUGAUCUUGAGGAAAGAUUUCACCUGGGGCUUUUCACAGACAGGGCUACACUGUACAGAAUGAUUGAGGUCGAAGGAAAAGGUCACUUGGAAAAUGGCCAUCCUGAGUUAUUUCAUCAGCUCAUGCUUUGGAAAGGAGAUCUAAAAGGUGUUCUCCAGAGUGCAGCAGAAAGAGGGGAGCUGACAGACAAUCUCGUGGCUAUGGCUCCAGUCGCUGGUUACCAUGUGUGGCUAUGGGCUGUAGAAGCUUUUGCCAAACAGUUGUGUUUUCAGGAUCAGUACGUCAAGGCUGCCUCUCACCUACUUUCUAUCCACAAAGUAUAUGAAGCUGUGGAGCUGCUCAAGUCAAACCAUUUCUACAGGGAGGCUGUUGUGGUCGCCAAGGCCCGGCUGCGCCCAGAGGACCCGAUCCUAAAGGACCUGUACCUCAGCUGGGGAGCCGUCCUUGAAAAAGAUGGCCAUUAUGCUGUAGCCGCUAAAUGCUAUUUAGGCGCUGGUUCCGCUUAUGAUGCAGCCAAAGUUUUGGCCAAAAAAGGGGAUGCAGCAUCACUUAAAACAGCCGCAGAGUUGGCUUCAAUCGUGGGAGAGGAUGAGUUGUCUGCUUCCCUGGCUCUCAGAUGUGCCCAAGAGCUGCUUCUGGCCAGGAACUGGGUGGGCGCCCAGGAAGCUCUGCAGCUCCAUGAAAGUCUGAAGGGUCAGAGACUGGUGUUUUGCCUUCUUGAGCUACUGUCCAGGCACCUGGAGGAGAGGCAGCUGCCAGAGGGCAAAAGCUCCUCUUCUUACAACGCCUGGUCCACGGGCACGGAAGGGCCCCUCGUGGAGAGGGUCACUGCAAUAUGGAAGAGCGCCUUCAGCCUGGACACCCCAGAGCACUAUCAGGCAGCAUUUCAGCAGCUGCAGAAGAUCAAGUACCCAUCUGCUACAAAUAACACUCCCUCCAAACAGCUCUUGCUUCACAUUUGCCAUGACCUGACCUUGGCGGUGCUGAGCCAGCAGGUGGCCUCCUGGGACCAGGCUGUGGAAGCACUGCUUCGGGCUGUGGUCAGGAGCUACGACUCAGGGAACUUCACCAUCAUGCAGGAAGUGCACUCAGCCUUUCUUCCUGAGGGCUGUGACCACUUAAGAGACAAAAUGGGUGACCAUCAGUCCUCUGCAACACCAGCUUUCAAAAGUUUGGAGGCCUUUUUUAUUUAUGGACAUCUGUAUGAAUUCUGGUGGUCUCUCUCCACGCCUUGCCCCAAAUCCAGUGUCUGGGUAAGGGCUGCUCACAGAAGGACAACCUCUGUUGAGCAAAGCCAGCAGUUGGACGAUGCCAGCUCUGAAGAAAUAGACCCACAAGCUUCUCAGCCAGAGCCAACCAGGCCUCCAGAACUAGACAUGAGACUCACGGAAGAGAGUGAACGAAUGCUGAACAUUUGUAAGAAGCUCUUUUCAGAACAGCACGCCUGUCUCCAGAACUCACAGAGAACCGUUGCUGAAGUUCAGGAGACCUUAGCAGAAAUGAUCCGCCAACACCAAAAGAGUCAACUCUGUAAACCCACUGUGAAUGGUUUUGAUAAGAAUGACCCUGAACAGGAAGCAGAACAGUCCCUGUGUAAUCCUCAGAGCCAGUGUAGUAAAGAAGAGAAAAAUGAGCCACUUUCUCUGCCUGAAUUAACCAAAAGACUUACUGAAGCCAACGAGAGAAUAGCUAACUUUCCUGAGAGUGUUAAGACCUGGCCAUUCCCAGAUGUGCUGGAGUCCUGUCUCGUCCUGCUUCACAUCAGGUCCCAGUGUCCUGGCCACGUGACCCAAGAAAUGCAGCAACAGGCCCAAGAGCUCCUUCAGAAGUACGGCAACACUAAAGUUUACAAAAGACACUGCCAGACCUUCUGCACAUGAACUUUCAAAGACCUUUAAGAAAUUGUGCCAAAUUCAAAACAUUUGACACCUUUCACCUCUGUCAGACGUUCGCUCUGAUCUCUAGAUGUUUUUGCAGUGAUCCAAAUAAUAUGAGGGUCAAGUUUAAGUCAACUCUACCCUAGACACAGUAGAAUUUGACUUUGGGCUCAAUUGUGGUUUCCUGCUAAAGGGUCAUCAAAAACUAGCCAUAGUUACAAGAACUGACACCUGUAAGAGUGAUUGUUGGUUAUCUCUAAAGCCUUAUGCAGGUUUCACCCAGAGGAGAAACUUAAUAACCCAAAGUGUCAUGUUCUUACACACAAGCGACCUUUAUAAAUGCUUCAUCUGAUCGUAACAUGUCAUUCUCGUUCAAGAUAGAACUGUGGCAUUUUAUGACUAUUGGUACAUUUUUAAAUUGUUUUUGUUAACUUGGGCUCUCCCCUUCUGCUCUACUACUUAUACUUGAAUGUGAACUAGGCCUUACCCAUCAUGUUGAUUCUCUACCCUCUGUCUGAAAUUUAGGUCAAAAAUUUGGUUUUAUUGUUUGAUGUAAUUGCUCAAAUCAAAUGAUACUCAAAUCACUUACUAAAGCUUUAGAAGAACAAAUAACUAACUCAAAUGUGUCUUAUCCCUUCAGUUUUAUAAGAAAUGACUGGGGCUUAUUUGAUCAUUAUAAGAAAUGAUGAAAAUGGUUCAAGAAGAAAUUACUGUUUCAGUGGUUCUUAGUCUUUUUCAGGUCACAGGGACCUUUUGAGAAUUAGAUUGAAGCCACAGACAAUCUUUGAGGGAAAAUGCAUAUUCCUAAUUUUGUAUAUGUAAGUUUUGGAUCAUUGGACUCCCCCCCUUUAGAUCAUUGCAUAAUGGGACGCUACAUACUAUUUAACUAUAAAUCCUUGUUUUUCCUUUUUUUGACUUAUAAGCAUUCUCUUAAGGUCUGUUCUUCUCUUCAGUUAUUGAAAUAGUUGAACUAUGUCAGGAACAGAUGUUUCCGUAAUAUUCCAGUUACUAGGACAUGAAAAUUACAGUCUGUGGGGUAGGGAUGAGAGGGAGCUCUCUUUCCCAAUAAUUGAACUAUUUUCUUUUGGAAUUCA